CAGGUCUGUCUGCCCUAUUUGGUCACCGUCCCUGCGGUGCAGGGCCAAGCCAUCGUGCCACAUCGGGAGUUUUUCAGGGAACACCGGAGGAAUUCGCAACCACAACCGCCGUAUCUGGUAGUGGCAGAGGAAAACAGAAACAGGAAAAAAUGUGAUUCUUGCGCAGCAAAGUUGGAAUUAGGCGCGCAGAAGAGUUCAGAAGUGGGCGGGCGCGUAUGUGUUUAAAAAAAAAAAAAAAAGUUUGGAAACCCCACCAGCCAAGUCUGCAGAAAAAAAUAAAUGAAGUCUGCCUAUCUCCGGCCGGAGCCCCUCCCCCGGCCCGCGCCCAGCGUGACCCAGGUGCCGCUUCCUCCCGGCCGCCGAGGGUCCGGAGCCCGCGAGCGCGACCCUCACGGCGCCGCCUGUCCCUCGGCCUCCGCCCGGGCCGGCGCGCAGGACCGUGGGCGAUGAGCAGCCUCAACAGCACGUCGCCGCUGCCCCGCGACGAGCCUGGCUGGGGGCUACCCUCCACCAUCACGGACAUCGCUGUCAUUGCAGGCGUAAUUGCUGCUGUGGCCCUCGUCCUGGUCUUCCUCCUCCUUGUCACGCUACGCUACAUGUGUCGGCACAAGGGCACGUACCACACCAAUGAGGCCAAGGGCACGGAGUUUGCUGAGAGUGCAGACGCGGCCCUGCAGGACGACCCUGCCCUCCAGGAUGCUGGUGGCGGCAGCAGAAAGGAGUACUUUAUCUGAGGGCACCUGACCUCCCCUCCCCAAGUGCCUGCUCAAGCCCCCUCAUAGAAAAUGCACCCCACCGCCCACCAGCACUACUGGGACCACCCUGCACCCUGCAAGAGCAGCUGCCUCUUCCCGAGAUUCGCACCUUGGGGUGCCAGGUGCCCACCCAGGGAGGAAAGCAGGGGGCUCCAGCUACGUGAGGCAUCUCCCAGGGACACAGGGAGGCAGCGGCCACCCAAGAGGCCAGCCUUUGCUCUGCCACAAAGGGAGAAAGUCUGGACACACAGGUCCCCUGGGCAAGCCAAGGCGUCAUCUCAUUUGCGUGACAGUCCUUGCUGAGGGUGAGGGGGCGGGUGGGCCUGGACCAGGGAAGCAAGGACAUGCGUCAUCAGCACACCGCCUGGGGAUAACGGCAUAAAAUGUCAGUCCUUGACAUUUGGGGGGAACAGCAGGUGCCACAACUAAAGGGUACCUUCGUCUCCCAUUGAUCCAGCUCGAAACGAUUGGAAAUAAAUUUGAAAUGUAACAGA